GCCUGAGGGGAGCGGCCAGCGCGGGGGAAGGGCGAGGCUGCGGGGCCGGGCGGCGUGUGCCGCUCCUGCCGCUCUCUGGCGUCGUAGUUUAGUGGAAAAGGGAAGGGAUAGAAAAGGGAACUGAUUUAAAAUAGCCCCCGAUCCCUCCGGGGGCCGGUUCCCUGUCGGUGCCAUCGCGGGGGACAGCGGGGCUCCGGUGCAGCCGCAGCCCGGGGCUGCGAGAGGGGCGGGGGUCGCUGCCCUCGCUGCUCCCCUCGCCCGGGCUUGGGGCUCUUUUUGUGGGGAAGGGGCAGGAUGAGCUUGCGGAGUUUCGCUGGAAUUUCUCCUUCCUUUCUGAGGCGCUGCCGCUGCUGAAGCAGAUUUUUCCUUCCUCUCUCUUUUUUUUUUUUUUUGUCUGAUGCAGAAUCCCAGUAGCUAGGCAGCCUCCCUCUUUUCUUUCCUUCCUUCCUUCCUUCCACCUCUUCGCUAUGUAGGAAGGGAGAGGCAUCAAUGGAAAGGCUGAAAUACGCGUAGAUGGACUUGCGGAUGCAUUUUUUCUUGAAAGAGCAAGAUAAAUCCCGCUUGCCAGUGCACUGACUUUUGUUGGUAAAAAUGGGGUUCACUCACUCCAGCUGAAUCCUUGGAGCAUUCCAGAGAGUUGCUGCAGUGAAGGGACUUAUCUUUAUUUUUUUGCAUCGGAGGAGCUGCAUUGAUGUUAACCAUUUUUUUGUAAAAUGGAGAACGAGAUCUUCACACCCCUUCUGGAGCAGUUCAUGUCGAGCCCUCUUGUCACCUGGGUGAAGACGUUCGGACCGCUGGCUGGAGGAAACGGGACCAACCUGGAGGAAUAUGUGGCGCUGGUGGAUGGAGUGUAUCUGAACGAAGUCAUGCUGCAAAUCAAUCCAAAGUCUGCCAAUCAGAGGAUAAACAAAAAAGUAAACAAUGAUGCAUCAUUAAGGAUUCAAAAUUUGUCUAUUUUGGUGAAACAAAUAAAAACUUACUAUCAGGAGACUUUGCAGCAGUUGAUCAUGAUGUCUUUGCCAAAUGUGUUAAUAAUUGGCAAAAAUCCUUUUUCUGAGCCAGGUACUGAAGAAGUAAAAAAGCUCCUCCUGCUUUUGCUUGGUUGUGCAGUUCAGUGUCAGAAAAAAGAAGAAUUUAUUGAAAGAAUCCAGAGUCUGGAUUUUGACACCAGAGCAGCUGUUGCAGCCCAUAUUCAGGAGGUAACUCAUAAUCAGGAAAAUGUGUUUGACCUGCAGUGGAUGGAUGUCAUUGUGCUGACACAAGAGUAUGUUGAGCCUCUGCUGAAAAAUAUGGCAUUGCAUUUGAAAAGACUUAUAGAUGAAAGAGAUGAGCACUCAGAGACCAUCAUCGAGCUGUCGGAGGAGCGGGACUGCCUCCGUUUCCUGCCGCACGCCUCGGCCGCGCAGUCCCCGUGCGGCUCCCCCGGCAUGAAGCGCACCGAGAGCCGGCAGCACCUGAGCGUGGAGCUCGCCGACGCCAAGGCCAAGAUCAGGAGGCUCAGGCAGGAGCUUGAGGAAAAGACUGAGCAGCUGCUUGACUGUAAACAAGAACUGGAACAGAUGGAAGCUGAACUGAAGAGGCUGCAGCAAGAGAACAUGAGCCUGCUGUCGGACGCGCGCUCGGCCAGGGUGUACCGCGACGAGCUGGACGCGCUGCGCGAGAAGGCGAUCCGCGUGGACAAGCUGGAGAGCGAAGUCAGCCGCUACAAAGAGAGGCUCCAUGACAUCGAGUUCUACAAAGCCAGGGUGGAGGAGUUAAAGGAAGACAAUCAAGUGCUGCUAGAAACCAAGACCAUGUUGGAAGAUCAGUUGGAGGGGACCCGAGCUCGUUCAGAUAAACUGCACGAGUUAGAGAAAGAGAAUUUACAGCUGAAAGCUAAAUUGCAUGACAUGGAGAUGGAGCGUGAUAUGGACAGAAAGAAGAUUGAGGAGCUCAUGGAGGAAAAUAUGACCCUAGAAAUGGCUCAGAAACAAAGUAUGGAUGAGUCUUUGCAUCUUGGCUGGGAGCUGGAGCAGAUCAACAGGACUACUGAACUUUCUGAAGUGCCACAGAAAUCACUGGGCCAUGAGGUGAAUGAGCUGACAUCCAGCAGGUUACUGAAGCUGGAAAUGGAAAACCAAAGUUUGCUGAAGACUGUGGAAGAGCUGCAAAGUGCAGUGGGCUCUGUGGAAGGCAGCAGUUCAAGGAUUCUGAAAAUGGAAAAAGAAAACCAAAGACUUAGCAAGAAGCUUGAAGAGCUGGAGAAUGAAAUUAGCCAAGAGAAACAAAGUCUUCAGAACAGUCAAAAUCAGAGUAAAGAUUUGCUGAAAGAAAAAGCCCAGCUUGAAAAGACACUUGAAGCACUUCGAGAGAACUCCGAGCGACAAAUAAAGCUCUUAGAACAAGAAAAUGAACACUUGAAUCAAACUGUGGCUUCUCUGAGGCAGCGCUCACAAAUCAGUGCUGAGGCAAGAAUGAAAGAAAUCGAGAAGGAAAAUAAAAUCCUCCAUGAGUCUAUCAAAGAGACCAGCAGCAAGUUAAAUAAGAUGGAAUUUGAAAAAAAACAAGUCAGGAAAGAACUGGAACACUACAAAGAGAAAGGGGAGAGGGCAGAAGAAUUAGAAAACGAGCUGCAUCGUCUGGAGAAGGAAAAUGAGUUAUUACAGAAGAAAAUCACCAACCUAAAAAUCACUUGUGAGAAGAUCGAGGCCUUAGAACAAGAGAACUCUGACCUGGAGACGGAGAACAGAAAGCUGAAAAAAACCUUGGACAGCCUGAAAAACCUCACUUUUCAAUUAGAAUCGUUAGAAAAGGAGAAUUCCCAACUCGACGAAGAAAAUUUAGAGUUACGGAGGACAAUUGAAUCCUUGAAGUGUACAAGCAUUAAAGUGGCACAGUUACAGUUAGAAAAUAAGGAGCUGGAGAGUGAAAAGGAGCAGCUCAAAAAAAGCCUUGAACUGAUGAAAGCCUCUUUUAAGAAGACUGAACGCUUGGAAGUCAGUUACCAAGGCCUGGACACAGAAAACCAAAGGCUACAGAAAGCCCUGGAAAACAGCAAUAAGAAGAUUCAGCAAUUAGAGAGCGAAUUACAAGAUUUAGAGACUGAAAAUCAGACCCUGCAAAAGAACUUGGAAGAGUUAAAAAUCUCCAGUAAGCGCCUGGAGCAGCUGGAAAAGGAGAAUAAGUUGUUAGAACAAGAGACUUCUCAACUGGAAAAGGAUAAGAAACAGCUGGAAAAGGAAAAUAAAAGGCUUCGACAGCAAGCAGAAAUUAAAGAUAGUACCUUAGAAGAAAAUAAUGUCAAAAUCAGUAACCUGGAAAGGGAAAAUAAAUCUCUGUUUAAAGAAAUAGUUGUAUAUAAAGAGUCGUGUCUGCGCCUGAAAGAACUGGAAAAGGAAAACAAGGAACUGGUGAAAAGAGCUACCAUUGAUAAGAAAACCCUGGUCACUUUGAGAGAGGACUUGGUGAAUGAGAAGUUGAAGACUCAACAGAUGAACAAUGAUCUGGAAAAACUGGCCCACGAGCUUGAGAAAAUUGGCUUGAACAAGGAGCGUCUCCUGCACGAUGAGCAGAGCAGUGAUGACAGGUACAAGCUUUUGGAGUCCAAAUUAGAAUCCACACUCAAGAAGUCUCUGGAAAUAAAAGAAGAAAAAAUUGCUGCUUUGGAGGCUCGUUUGGAAGAAUCAACAAAUCUAAACCAGCAGCUGCGUCAGGAGCUGAAAACAGUGAAGAAGAACUAUGAAGCUCUUAAGCAGAGACAAGAAGAGGAAAGGAUGGUUCAGAAUUCUCCUCCAAGAAGUGGAGAAGGAAAUCAGUCUGUCAAUAAGUGGGAGAAGGAAAAUCAGGAGACUACCAGAGAAUUACUGAAAGUUAAAGAUAGAUUAAUCGAGGUGGAGAGGAAUAAUGCGACGCUGCAGGCGGAGAAGCAGGCGCUGAAAACGCAGCUCAAGCAGCUCGAGACACAGAACAACAACCUGCAGGCCCAGAUCCUGGCCCUGCAGAGACAGACUGUGUCCCUGCAGGAGCAGAACACAACUCUGCAAACUCAGAACGCCAAGCUGCAGGUGGAGAACUCCACGCUGAACUCGCAGAGCACGUCCCUGAUGAACCAGAACGCGCAGCUGCUGAUCCAGCAGUCGGCCCUGGAGAGCGAGAGCGAGGCGGCGCUGAAGGAGCGCGAGGACCUGAAGGGGCUCUACGAGGCCCUGCUCAAGGACCACGAGCGCCUGGAGCAGCUGCACGAGCGCCAGGCCGCCGAGUACGAGUCCCUCAUCGCCAAGCACGGCAGCCUCAAGUCUGCUCACAAGAACCUGGAGGUGGAGCACAAGGACUUGGAGGAUAGGUACAAUCAAUUGCUGAAACAGAAAGUGCAGCUGGAAGAACUGGAGAAGGUUCUCAAGACAGAGCAGGACAAAAUGCUGCAGCAAAGUGAGAAGCAUGAAACUGUGGCAGCAGAAUAUAAAAAACUUCGGGAUGAAAAUGAAAGGCUCACUCACACCUACAGUCAGCUCCUGAGGGAGAAUGAAGUGCUACAAACUGACCACAAGAAUCUGAAAACAUUAUUGAACAAUUCCAAACUGGAGCAAACACGGUUGGAAGCUGACUUUUCCAAACUCAAGGAACAGUACCAGCAACUGGAUAUUACCUCAACAAAGCUAAAUAAUCAGUGUGAGCUGCUCAGCCAACUUAAAGGAAACCUGGAGGAGGAAAACAGACACCUGCUGGAUCAAAUCCAGACUUUAAUGCUGCAGAACAGAACAUUACUGGAGCAGAACAUGGAAAGCAAGGAUCUCUUCCAUGUGGAGCAAAGGCAGUACAUUGACAAACUAAAUGAAUUGAGGCGGCAGAAGGAGAAACUGGAGGAGAAGAUAAUGGAUCAGUAUAAAUUUUAUGAGCCAUCUCCACCAAGAAGAAGGGGCAACUGGAUCACCCUGAAGAUGAGGAAGCUGAUCAAGUCCAAGAAGGACGGGAACCGCGAGCGCCUCAAGUCGGUGACGCUGACGCCCACGCGCUCCGAGUCCAGCGAGGGAUUCCUGCAGCUGCCCCACCAGGACAGCCAGGACAGCUCCUCCGUGGGCUCCAACUCCCUGGAGGAUGGGCAGACCCUGGGCACCAAAAAAAGUAGUAUGGGUGCACUGAAAAGACUGCCCUUUUUGAGGAACAGACCGAAGGAAAAAGACAAAAUGAAGGCCUUCUACCGUCGCUCCAUGUCCAUGAAUGACCUGGUGCAGUCCAUGGUCCUGGCAGGAGGACAAUGGACAGGUAGUUCUGAGCAUCUGGAGGGUCCUGAUGAUAUAUCCACGGGUAAAAGGAGGAAGGAAUUGGGAGCUAUGGCCUUCUCUACUACAGCUAUCAACUUUGCCACUGUCAACUCCUCCACAGGCUUCAGAUCCAAGCAGUUGCUAAAUAAUAAAGAUACUACAUCCUUUGAAGAUGUAAGUCCACAAGGUAUUAGUGAUGAUUCUAGUACAGGAUCGAGAGUUCAUGGAGUACAGGACUUUGUCUGUGCAGAUGCUCUUGCUCCUCCUGUCCGUGGCAUUCCAGCCCUGUGCAGGGUUCCCUGUCAGAUCUGUUUGCCCUUUUCCAAAGUGUCCUCUUGGACCGCCUGGAAAUUCCUUCGCUUUCUGAUCUCUUCCAGACCAGCCAGCCUUGAUAGUGGCAGGACAUCCACUAGCAAUAGCAAUAACAAUGCUUCACUCCAUGAAGUCAAAGCAGGUGCAGUGAACAGCCAGAGCAGGCCCCAGAGCCACAGCAGUGGGGAGUUCAGCCUGCUGCACGAACACGAGGCCUGGUCCAGCAGCAGCAGCAGCCCCAUCCAGUACCUGAAGGGGCACACCAGGUCCAGCCCUGUGCUGCAGCACAGGACACCCGAGACGCCCGAGGGUCGUGGCAAACACACCAAAACAGGCUCCCCUGGCAGUGAAGUUGUCACCCUGCAGCAGUUCCUGGAAGAGAGCAACAAGAGUAACUCCAGUGAGAUGAAAUCUGCAAGUGAAGAGAACCUUUUAGAUGAAGUGAUGAGGAGCUUGUCUGAGUCCGCGGAGCUGGCAGGGAGGGAGAAGCUCCGAAAGCAGCCUGCAGCUGGCUGUGGGAUCGUGAGAUCCCUGAGCGUCAGAAACACCGUGGAUUUCUCAGACGGACGAUCCCUCAAACCGGAGCAGCUGGCGAGGCCCGGCCUCCGGAAGGCUGAAGAUCUCUACUUGAGCAGCUCUCCCAUCAAAUUCACCCCCGGCGCCCCGGGGAAGGCCCGCUCCGUGAAAGAAAAGAUCCAAGCAACUGUGACCCAGCGACAAUCCAGGGACUGCAACCCCUACGCCACCUUACCUCGUGCCAGCAGCGUCAUUUCCACGGCAGAAGGAACCACCCGAAGGACAAGCAUCCAUGAUUUUUUGUCUAAGGACAGUAGGCCGCCCGUGUCCGUGGAUGCAGCCCCGGCCGACAGGAGUGCUCCGCCCGGCUCCAGUGAGUACUCGGCACUGCGGGUGUCCUCUCCUUGUGUUCCCUGUGUGCCUGCCAGGGGGGAGCGCGGCCCGCAGGGCGAGGCAGCUCCCACGCUCACACCACGUCACCUAGGAGGCAACUCUGAGCUUCCCAAGCCUUCCAGGAUGGAAAGGCCGGGUUGUCGGGAGAGGACUUUGCCGAGCGCGGGUGUGUUCUGGGAUAAAGCCAGCGGAUCUGGGAGUGGCAGCGCAGGGUCCUUCACUGCCCCCCAGCCCUUCUUAUCCCUCAACACCGAGUUAGUCAGCAAUAUCAGUGGAUUGCCCCCGAGAUCCACCUCCAAAGCAGCUGACCAGGCAAACGUGUCGGCGUUUAGGUCAGUGCUGAGGAGCCAGGAACAGCCUUGUGCUGCUCCAAAGGCUCAGGGUGAGCCACGGGCAGCUCUGGCCAGGGACCCUGUCCCUGCCUCCAGCCCCGGCGAGGCCCAGUCCCCGCUGCUGGUCUCGGAAGAUAACCAGACCCUGUGGUAUGAGUAUGGCUGUGUAUGAAAGAAAGUUGUAUUAUUCAGUAUUUAUGUCUAACAUGCCAUAAAGGUGUUCUCCAUGUCCACUGGAUGACAGAGAAAACUUCCCUCCAGUGAAGGAGUCAUUCCUGGUUUAUCCGCAGGGCAGUGUUCCCUGCGGACGGUGGCUGUGGACUGUGGCAUGUUUGAAUGUGGAAUUGUAACCCCACCAAAGUCUGCAUGAAACAUUAAUUGCACUGUGUAUAUUUUGCAUGCCUUUAUAAUACAAGCUCUGUUUUUAUUUGUCAUGCAUUGCAAAUAUUUUGGUGUUUUCCUGUUGGUUACUGCUGCAUGUUAAACCAAGCGCAUGCCCGGAACGGCGCAGGGAACAUUCCUGGGACAAGGACAGCACUGGCAGUGGAGCUCGAGCUCUCAGGGCUAUCAAUAACACACUGAAUAAUUACCUGGAGGGAAAAAAAACACUUUUUUCCCCUCUUCUUUCAAAAAUGAAGUACUAAUGGAGAGAAGCAUUUGGAGAGAUCUCAGUGUCUUCUUGCCCUUUUCAUUUAUGCUGUGUCAUGGCAUAAAUGCACACGGAACAAGUGCCCAGUAAUCCAAGCAGUUCAGUGCCUCUAGUUUGCACAGUAAAUAUUAAUUACUGUCCAUAUUGAGUGAUAAACACAUAGACCAUUCAUAAUCCUGAAAGAGGUGUUAAAUAGUUGCAUGAUACACAGCACUUGUCAUGAAAAAAUGACCUUUUCCACCUUUUGCCUUUGGUCUGCUUUGUCUUUCCAGUCAUGGGUUCAGCUGUGGUGAUGUGUUUGGUUUUAUCAGGGGUCAGAUAACAGGCUCCUUGUGAUGCAUAGGAAUAAAAAACUGUCUUGAGUAUGGUGGAAAUUCAUUUUUUCUUGUCAAUGGAAGUACCACUGAUGUAAUAGAAAGCAAAUGCUGUAACAGAGUAACAGAAAAUGUUAAAUUAAUGCAGUUAAAUAAAAGAAAAAAUAAUAAAGUUGCUUGCAAGGUUAUGGGAGGAUAUGAAUACUUCAGCAAAUAACUCCUUAAAUUCCAGAUGAGCAGCUAAAGAGAAAUGUUGAAAAGUAAUUAGUUAAUGUGCCACUGUCUCUUCAUGUGCUUGAAACUUCUCAAUGGUAAAUUUAAACAGAGUUUAAAAUGGUAUCAGAUUUAAGCUAUAAUUACACUAGGCUUUCAACAUGAGCACUUCUUUGCAAGAGGACAUUGGUUAUGCCAGUUGUGGGAGCUAAAGUACAUUAUAAAAAUGUUGAAUGACAGUAUAGCCAGCGGGAAAAUAGUUAAAAUUGAAAAUAUAUAUUGAAAACAGCAAGUGUCACAUUCUGUUUUGUACAAAUGCAUUUAUUCUGCCAGCAGUGUUGUGGCAGUCACAGAACCACUGUGUGGGCUGAACUUUAACUCCUUAGUGCUUAAUUAGGGAGGGGCAGUGAAUGCACAGCUCCCCAAGGAAGAGCAGCAGCUGUCCCAUGUGGGAAUCUGGAAGGGCUCUGUUUUAUUUGGGAUGGGAAGCCCUGCAGGUCAGGAACAAGGGCAGGAUAUUGAAUGUGUGUGGGGAAUAAAAUGACUGAGGAUGUGACACAGUCCUUCCCAGGUCUGUACCACUCAUUGUUACCAGGCUGAGAAGUCUCUCACUUCUCCCAGUACUGGGCACAGUCAGUUAUUGCUGUGCUCCCUCUGGAACUAUCUCAGCAGCAAAAGAAUGAGAAGUCUGAGCUGUAUAAUUGCAGUUUCACACGUUUACUCUCACAGAGCACGACCAGUGUUCUGUCUUGGACUAUGCCAUUUGACUCCAGUUCAUCUGUAGUUGUGUUGGGAUUAGGUUGGAGGUGAAGAGCACCAGCCUCCCAAGUGAUGUGUGCACAAGGCAUUUUGCAAGUUGUUUAAAGGAUUACAGUCCCAGCUCUGAGAGCCCUUAAUACAAACCCAUCCUGUGCUGCCAGGGUCUGGCUUUUCUUCCCUGUGCCCUGCAGAGAACAAGGUGUGCAGCUGCUUUAGGUCAGCUCUGGCUGCACAGGCCUUGGGUGUGGUGUUGCCUCCUCCUCUUGCUUAGGUUCUUAGUGACACCUACAGAAACUUCCAGUAUUGUCCUCAGCUUUCCUCUUAAUCCCCAAGGGCUUUGGAAUUGCCAAGCAUGAGUGUCCUGGAGCACUGGUGUCUCCAGUCUGCUGGAGUUGGACACUAACCUUGUCCAGCUCAAGCCACUCUGCACUGAUCUAUAAACUUGCAGGAAUUGCAUUUCAGUUCUGAGGAUAAAAACUUGUUUUGUUCCACUGAGUUCAGGAGCAGCAGAAUGUUCUGCAAGAGAGCAUUUAAUGGCUCUGAAUAAUGUCUUAACUACAUUUGUUUAUUACAUAUGAAAAAAAAAAAUGUUGUCAUGGACAGAAGGAUCUUUUUUUUCACUUUUUGGUCUUUAACAAGAAGUUCGUGGAUGUCUAUCUGUGUUCAAACAGUGGAAGGCUCCAUGGAAUUCUUUCUGUUCCCAAUCCCUGCUGCUGCUCAGCCACAUGUGCAUGGCAGGCUGUGAAGCACAUGGAGCCCUUGCUCAUUCCUUGCUUCCUGCUGCCUUGGGCAGUGCUAAGUUAGAACUGCAUGACACUGAUAAACACUAAAUACAUGGCUGCUGCCCAGAAAGGUUUUGUUGUUCAGGUUCAGCUGUUUGCUCACAGUUGAGGUUUGCCUGGCUCAGGGUUUGCUUGAUGCUUUGCUUUCAGUGACUGGUGAAUUCAGAUGCUGCAUUUUGCAUGUUUGAGCUGUUGCAUGCAAAGACAGUUUUGUGGUUUGUGGAACUGAAUGUGAACGUUUCUGUCAGUGUGCAGCAGGUCCAAGUACAAUGAAAGAAGUUCUUUGCUAGGGUCAGCCAGUUUGAGUGCACCUCAUUGCCUUCUCUCUCCAUUCAUGCAGAAAUGGAGGGUUGGUGUAGCUAAGGGUGACACGUACCUGACUGUGGCUUCAGGAAUAACACCUGGCUGUUGUAAAUGCUGAGAUGAAUGUCAGUGAGUGUAGCUGAGCAGGCACUGGCAGUGAGUUUCUUCUGUCCCUCUCCUCUGUCCUUUCCUCCUAAAAACAACCAGAAAGUGUUUAUGUAUCCUUUUGCUCUCCUGAUGAGUAGAAUGUGUUUUAAUGCAUGAGGGUUUUUUUUCAUGUCCUGAUAAACACAAUGAAUAACCUGAAAUGCUUUUCUCUGCAGAUGUGGAAGCUAUCCCAGAAAGCAGAAAUUCAAAAAGCAGGUCUAGGGAGCAACAAAGCUCCUAAUUCUAUUACCCACUACCUGAGCUGUGGGCCAAGUGGUGAGUUUCCUGCCCAACCUGUAAAUGAGAUGAAUUUCAUUUACAACAGACUAACAGCAUUCCAUCUCAGCCCCAGAGCACAUUGCAUUAACCAGAUGUAAAUCCUGCUUGCUUACCUGGCUUCUCUCGCGCUCCCUCCUUAGGCCGGGGCCCGUGGCUCUCCAGAGCUUCUUCCAGAGGCAGGGAACCUCAUCCUGCUCAGCCUUUUGCCUGUAAAAAUGACAUUUAUGUUUAUUUUUCCAAUCUCCUGAAGAAGAAAGUUCAAAGAAAUCCCAUUAAGAAAUAAUACUGUAGUCAGUUUUUAGACAGGGACAGGUAAAUCUGAAAGAACAGUUGAACAAAACUCAGAGUAUCCAGAGCCCCACGGAAUCUGUCUUUUUAUAAAGCUUGUUUUUGGUGUUCUGUCCUCUUCCUGACUUCCCUGAGCCCCUUUGGUGCAUGCUGUUAGUGCUGUUAGUGACUGAACUCUGUGUGUUGUGCCUCUGCACUUGAAGCUUUUUCUUACACUCUUUUCUCUUUCUGCCUUUCGACUGAACACAGAGAGAAAAGUGUCCUUCAGUAUCUCAGUGUGAAGCCUUUAUAUCUGAAGUAACAAGACAGCGACUGUAGGAAUCAUUAAUAAAAAUUAAGGGAAUUUUUUACAUUCUUCGUGACUAGAGCAGGCAAGAAAUAAAAACCUACCUACCUACCUUCCUUCCUUGAAUCAAGGAGCUCUACUGGAGUCUACUGCCGAAAAUGUGUAGAUGGUCUUAGGAAUUAUUGCACAUUGCACUGUUAAGAUCUACUGAAUAAAGGACAGUUCUCAUCUCCCUAAGGACCAAGGAUUUUAAGGUCUCAAGAAUUACUCCAGGGGAAAAAAAACAAACAAAACAAAA